AUGCCGGCGGCUCACACUCGCGACGGUUCCCGAGAUCGGGAGCUCGUUGUCAGAAACCAGCCAAUUCCCAUUUCAGAUCCCGAACGGGCGCCUCCGCCGCUGCCCAUGAACCCCGGUUCGACCAGUCCGGCGACGAAGGGCAACGUUUCGCCCGGUAUCCAAGCGAUGGCGGCUACCUUUACAGAGAAGAUGCGGGAAAACGCCCCAAGCCCAUAUAUCUCCAACCCAAUGCCACCGAAACCUCCUUCACCGGAGAAAUCUCUGAUCAAAGGCCAAUUUCACAAGCGAAUGCAGUCAUUUCAGAAUAGCUCGGAUCCGCGAUCUGAGUUCCUAAACUACCUAGAGAGCAAAUCGCCGGAACGGCCACAACGAGCGUCAACUUUAAUGAAAUCUGAGAUAGAAGAGCCGGAGCCAGAGCACGAGCCCCCGAACUUGCUCAUCUCGCCCCGCACCCCGCCCUCUGCCACCAUGCUCGCGCUGCAGAACAUGCAACUGCCCCCCGAACCUGCUUCGCAACCGAAGAGCGUCGAAUCAGAUCCCUUCGAAUCCUUGUCCACGCAAAUCCACAGUCUCACCGACAUUGCCAGCAACCUCCAGCGCGAAAUGGCCCAACUCAGCCGCCGAAGCAAAGACAAUGCGACAGACCUCGAUAUCCGGAAAAGCCUCCGGGAGCUAUCCUCCAACUUGAAUUCGAGGUUCUUGGAUCCUGAUGCUGCCACAAGUGGUAAGAGCUAUGGACGGAUGCCAAGUCCUAAUCCCUUCGCGGCGGCAAUGGAACGCGAGUUGGCCGCUUCGCCUACGCCCAUAUCCGAUGGAUCGGCCAGUAUUGCGCUAUUGGAGAAGGAAAAGCUCACGGAAUUGGUCGACGAGAUUAAAGCCCGCCCCGUCUCCGACACUUCCGGCGAACCGCUUGACAGUAGGACAACAAAGAUGCUGGAGGAGAUCCUGAGUAUCAUCAAAGAUGAGUCGGAGAGUAAGGCUUUGGUGCGGACACGUGCACCCUCUGUCACCGGUUCUACUGCUUUCAAGACAGGCAGAUCAAAAUCCAUGGACUCGGAGCAUUUAUACGUUCCGGACCUGGAUAUGGUCACCGGGGACAAUAGCCGACUAUCAACACGCUCAAUGUCCCACUCUGACGAGCAGACGACGGAAGAAAUGCUAUCGAUCAUGCGACGUGUGAAGAACAGCGUGAUUGAAGGAGGCGGGAUGACCAAUGAAGUGAAAGCACUGGUACGCGAGUUGCGCGGCGAGAUCGAGAUAGCUCGCGAGGCCGCAGAGGACAAGCCAGCCGGCCCCGGAAAGGAUGAGAUUUCCGCUAUUCAGCUGGAAGCAAUCGUGACCGAAAACAAGCAGCAUUCAACUGCUCUGUCAGAAUUCCGCUCCGCGAUGGACGGCGCCGAGAUUUACUCCAUUGUCCAACAGGCCUUUAAUGACCUCGACUUGUCACACUUGCGAGAUGAGCCAAGGGGCGCCACGAUGGAGAAGGACGACAUCCUGGAUGCAAUUGAGCUGGAGAACUUUGGACUUGAGCGUGAUGAGAUCUUGGAAUGUUUGUCAGACGGUCUCAAAGCCUACCAGCCGCGGCAUGAAGAUGCUGUCACAUAUGAUCAAGUCCUGGCAGCUGUACAGGCGGGUAUGCAGCAGUUCGAACAACCACCCACUAUCACCAAGGACGAGAUCACUGCUACCCGAUCUGUGCACGACGAGAAGCUGGAUGCUAUUCGGGAAGAUAUACUGCAGGCAGUUACCCAAUCCGUAGCAUCCCAGAAUGCACUUACGAGGGAGUCACUUGACUCUGGCCUUGGUCGCGAAGGGAUCUUGAGCGCGGUCGCAGAGGGUCUUGAGCAACCACACGUCACCAAGGAGGAUCAGUCGGCUGUCAGUACCAACAUCCAGCCUACAGGCCUGGAGGCUCAGAACAGCAUGACCCGGGAGAUCGAAUUGAACAAGGACGAUCUCAUGGAAGCUAUCUCAGCUGGUCUUCACGAGGCCAACGCCGAGAACCACCAUGUCGGGGACCAGAUCCUUGAACGAGAGCUGAAGCAGCAGUCUCUUGCCAAGGAGAACGAUACAAUGCAGAUCCUGGACGCAAUCAAAGAUGGCAUCGCUGUCGUGCGACAGGAGGUUGAAGGUUACGCUGCUACCGCCGCCGAAGCCUCUGGCACGCAUGAAAUCAUGGACACCGUGAAGGAAGGGACAAUUGCCGAGAGCGUAGUGGCUAGUGUGCCUCGCAACCCGGAUACCCCAGAGCUUCUCGAUGCAAUGGAGAAGGAGUUUGAGCACCUCCGAUCUACAAUUAGCUCUCUCCUUCGGACGGAACAGAGCACCUCAAGUGAUAAGGACGAGAUCCUCGACGCCAUUCGCGAUGUCUCAGAGGCUCAGAAAGUUCCCAAGAGCCAAGACAUUGCUAGCAUUAUCAAAAAUGAAUUUGAGCAGCUCCGGGAGUCGAUGAACAUGAGUCUUAUCAUAGCCGCUCUUCGUGAGAGUCUUGACACUUUCCGGAGCGAGAAGAGUGAGAAGAGCGACAAGGAUGACAUCAUUGCUGCACUUCGCGAGCAUCUCGAGAGCUCCCGUGGUGAGCGCACCGAUAAGGAUGAAAUCAUUGCCGCCCUUCGCGAGAGCUUUGACACUUUCCGAGGCGAGAAGAGCGAGACAAGCGAGAAGAGCGAGACAAGUGAGAAGGACGAUAUCAUCGCUGCGCUUCGCGAGCAUCUCGACAGCUUCCGUGGUGAGCGCACCGAUAAGGACGAAAUUAUUGCCGCUUUGCGGGAGAACCUUGAGACUUUCCGUGACGAGGGCAGUCGUUCGCGGGACCUUGGCGAAACUGAGUUCUCAACUGGUGACCUGAUUGACGUCUUCAACGAUGGUGUUGGUAAUAUUCGGGAUGACCUGGGCAAACUUCUGGAAAGACCAGAAGGGCUUAGCAGCCUCAAAGCUGAUGUUGAGAUGCUGCGCAAAGGUGGAGAGCUGAUGCUUGCCAGUCAAGCCAACCAACCUGCCCCAUACAAUCAACCCGACAUUAGCAACGACAUGGAAGCGCUCAAAUCUCUCAUUUCCCAGCUCCAAACAAAGGUUGAAGCCAUCGAAUCCGCACCGCAACAUCUGGAUGAGGUCCUUGCAGGCCUACACGAACUCCAGGGUUCCGUCACGGGCAUUGUGGCGCGUGAGAACCCUCCAGAUGAGACCACGGCCAAGAAGGAGGACACGGACGCGAUCGAGACGUUGUUGCGGAGUACGAAAGCUCAGCUCGACGAGAUGAAGUUCCCCGCUGCGGACGAGCUAGCAAGAGCCGAGCAGCUUGGCAGCUUGGAAACUAUAGUCAAGGAGACGAAGGAAGCCCUCUUCGAACUAAGCACUCGCUUGGAAGCUGAGGGCCCGACCAAGUCCGAGAUCGGUACUCUGGAGACUCUUAUGAAGGAUAUGUGGCUUGCCCUCGACGACGACACUGAGAAAUUGGUCAAGGCUGACCUGCAGACAGUAGAGGCCAUGAUAUUCGAAGUGAAGACCCAACUCGACGAGUUCAAGCUUCCCGACCCAGAGACCUUGCCUACCAAGACCGAGGUUCAGGAUCUAUCAGCCCUGGUCACCGAGUUCAGGGAGAAGGCCCGCAAAGUCGAACACGCCGGUCUCGCCGAGAAGAUCGAGGAGGCCAAGGCUGUGGUCGAAGGACUUGGCGAUGAGCUCAAGAGCAAACUGGAUGGAAGCAGUGAGGGCUUAGCAGUCUCUGCAGAGAGUUUUACGACAGUCGAAAAUUUCGAGCGGGCACGCGGUGAACAGGACGCGCACAAGCUCGAAAAGGAGGAGCGCGACGCCGCUUCCCUUGUCAAACAGGAUGAGACCAGAGCGGCUAUCAUCGUGGAACUUGGAGCCAAGAUCGACGAGAAACUGGGCGAAGUCAUGGCUAAAUAUGAUGACAUGCAGACUGCGAUGGAUACUAAAUUCUCUGAGUCUGUUGAACGUGACAAUGCCCACCUUGAAGCCGCUACUAACACUAAAUCCCUCGCGGAGGACAUCAAGCUUGUUAUCGGUACCAUGGGCGACAGCUCUUUCCUGGAGAAGAUGCACAAUGAAGUAAAGACCCAGCAGGAACAGGCCCGGUCUGACAUUGAGCGGGCUGCAGCUGCAACGGAUCUCUUGGAGUCUAUCCAGGAGAUUCUCAACAUUUCGGCUGAGGCUAUCAAGACGGACCUGUCUGCUCUUCCUUCGACUAUUCCCCAGAUGCUCCCCGCUUUGCCACCCCCAGAGCCCGAAAAGUACGAUGACAGCAAGGUCCAGGAGAAGCUGGACAACCUAUUGCAUCAUGCGAAAAAUGAAAAGGUGCAGGAGGCCCUCAACAUUCUGGUUGAGCGGGUGACAAACGACCAAACUACUAGCACGAAUAGUCAGAUGUAUGACAAGUUGGAUGAGCUGCUCAACCACGCUGCGGAGAAUAACGGGCCAAUCCACGAUAAGCUCGAUACCAUCAUCGAUCAUGCAACAAAUACCGACCAGUCCGAUAUUAUGGAGACGUCCCGCAAGAUGACCGAGAUGUUUGCAGCUCAGUCCGCAAUCGCGGAAGAGGCUGCGGUUGCUCUCGAGCGGCGAAACGCACAGAAAGAGCAAGAAUCUCUUCUGAAGAUGAUCCAGACCCUGAAGGCCGAGAAGGAGGACCUUCUGUCCAGCUUGGAGAUGGCUCUGGAGCUCCGUCACGAGGAGAUGCAGAAGCGCAUCUUGGAAGGUGUUCUCGACCACGCUCGUAGCGUUUUGCUUAGCCGGCCCAACAAUGGUCUGAACAUGAAGAAGUCGCGGGGCUCCCGGGCUCGCGGCCCUAGUGCUGCUAGCACUUCAAGCACCGCACGGGAGGCUCGGAAUAUCUUGAACAACAGUGCACAGUCCCAGGCCGGGGCUGCUACUCCGACGAAGGACGGUAAGGAGAGACGGAUCCUCAGUUUGAGUAACAUGACCGGCAACCGCGGACCUACCGAUCGCCAGUCUAGUGUCGGCAGCGGGUUUGCCAGCUUGAAGCGCAGUCACUCUGUGAAGUCCAACGUCUCCGACCGGAAGUCUUCCUGGGGUGGCAGAAGCUCCAUGGUGAACAAAGAGAAUGAGGUGUUCCCCGAGGAGGACGAGAACCGCAGUGACAUUGAAAGCGACGUUGGUACAGAGCGAAAAACAAGCUACGCCAGCAGUAUAAAGUACGGGGCAGGUAGCACCGUGUCUAAUGAUCGACGGAUGAGUGGCUCUAGCACCGCCACUGAGAUCGUUGGCAAGGGCUCAGUUGCCGAUGAUGGGGACGGUGCUUCGGAGACACUUGACGAUCCUAAGGCCGACGAUCCCGAACUAGACUCCGAGUCAUCCAAAAUGGUGCUUUACGGACAACAUAGCGACAGUGGGAUUGGUGUUGCGAGCGUCGCGGGAUAG